UGUCGAUCCGGUGAGGCGACAAUUUGCAAAAUGAGUUGUCGACUGAAAGAGUUAAAAGAACGGUCACAAAAGAGAAAAGAACUGCUUGCAAAAGCUUUUGGUGUUGAGAAACCAGAGGACCUAAAGAAUGUGUUAAAAAGCAAGGAAGAAAUAAAACAGUCUAAGGCUGCAAGUCAAGAUUCCUCUGUAAAGAAAAAAGCUAAGAAGGAAGACUUACCUAGUGAUGAUGGCGCCUCUGGCUCUGGGGCGAAAAAGGAGCCUGAAUUUGAAACAGAAGAAGUGUACACAGACUCAAGUGCUUUUUUAAAGGGCACACAGAGUGCAAACCCACACAAUGACUACUGUCAGCAUUUUGUUGACACGGGGGAGCGGCCACAAAACUUUAUCAGAGAUGUUGGUCUGGCAAAUCGGUUUGAGGAAUAUCCCAAACUGCGGGAAUUGAUCAGAUUGAAAGAUGAACUUAUUGCCCAAACAAGUAUACCACCAACGUAUAUGAAGUGUGAUUUGGAGACAUUUGAGCUGUCGGAGCUCCGCUGCCAGUUUGAUGUAAUUCUUCUGGAACCCCCACUUCACGAGUAUCAACGUGCCCAGGGCAUGGUGUUCGACAAAUACUGGGAUUGGGAUGAGAUUGAGAAACUAGACAUUCCCUCUGUGGCAGCCCAGCGAUCGUUUAUCUGGAUUUGGUGUGGGAAUGCAGAGGGGCUGGAAAGAGGCAGAAAGUGUUUGAAGAUGUGGGGAUAUCGGCGAUGUGAGGACAUCUGCUGGAUCAAGACAAACAUACAACGACCAGGGGACAACAAGAGCCUGGAGCCAGGGGCAGUACAUCAAAGAACAAAGGAGCAUUGUCUGAUGGGCAUCAAGGGAACUGUCAAGCGGAGUACAGAUGGUGAUUUCAUCCAUGCCAAUGUUGACAUUGACCUUAUCAUAGAGGAAGAGCCGGAAUAUGGCAGCAAAGAAAAGCCGGUCGAGAUAUUUCACAUGAUCGAGCAUUUUUGUCUAGGUCGUCGAAGGCUUCACCUCUUUGGCAGAGACAGCACGAUCAGACCAGGAUGGCUUAGUCUCGGGGAUGAGUUGACAAGCAGUAAUUAUGAUCGGGAGAAUUAUAUGAAUUACUUCAAAACGGAGGCCGAUAAGACUACAGGGUGUUCGGAAGAGAUUGAAAGACUGAGGCCAAAAUCUCCAGUAUCAAAGAAUAAGCAGAUGGGUGGACCCCAGCGGGGAGGUAGAGGGGGUAGGGGAGGACCACAACGGGGUGGGGCCAUGGGAGGGGCCCAGGGCAGAGGGGGGCGUGGCAUGGGGGUCAAUAGGGGAGGCCCAGGGAGAGGAGGCAUGAGAGGAAUGGGGAGGGGACCACCAAGGGGUAACUUCAGAUAGAAAGAGAAUGAUGACCUCGAUCAUAUACAUGUGUUGUAAAGAUAGACAAUGACUUUUUAGGAGAUUAUGUUUUUGUAUUGUAUAUUAAAAUAUUUUUGUAGUGCCACAAAUUUGUACAUAUUUAUAAUUGUAUCAUAAAGGAAUAAAAACUGCCUCAUCAA